AUGGGAGAGUGCCCAGUUGCCCACAACCUCGACCGCAAGCGCGUCCCCGCUGCCGGCUUCGGCACCAAGAACAGCGACUGGUGGCCCAAUGAGCUCCGUCUCAACGUCCUCCGCCAGCACCAGGCCAAGUCGGAUCCCUUCAACGCCGAGUUUGACUACGCAGCGGCCUUCAACAGCCUCGACUAUGAUGCUCUCAAGAAGGACCUUACGGCGAUCAUGACCGACUCCCAGGACUGGUGGCCUGCCGAUUACGGUCACUACGGCGGCUUCUUUAUCCGAAUGGCGUGGCACGCUGCUGGUACCUACCGUGUCCAGGACGGUCGUGGUGGCGGUGGAGAGGGCCAGCAGCGAUUUGCUCCCCUCAACUCGUGGCCAGACAACGGAAACCUCGACAAGGCUCGUCGUCUCCUGUGGCCCAUCAAGCAGAAGUACGGAAACAAGAUCUCGUGGGCUGACCUGCUCCUCCUCACCGGUAACGUCGCCCUUGAGUCCAUGGGCUUCAAGACCUUCGGUUUCGCUGGUGGCCGUGCCGACACCUGGGAGGCCGACCAGUCUACCUACUGGGGUGGCGAGACUACCUGGCUCGGCAACGACGUCCGUUACGAGGAGGGCAACAAGGGCGGCAACCCCAACGACCUCAAGAACCGCAACCUCGACGAAGCGGUCUCUGCCUCGCACAUGGGCCUCAUCUACGUUAACCCCGAAGGUCCCAACGGUGAGCCCGACCCUGUCGCUGCUGCCCAUGACAUCCGCACCACUUUCGGUCGUAUGGCCAUGAACGACGAGGAGACCGUCGCUCUCAUUGCUGGUGGUCACACCUUCGGUAAGACUCACGGUGCUGGUAACCCCGAGCUUGUCGGUCCCGAGCCCAACGCUGCUCCCAUCGAGGCUCAGGGCUUCGGCUGGGCCAGCAAGCACGGCUCUGGUAAGGCUGGUGACGCCAUCACCUCCGGUACCGAGGUCGUCUGGACAAGCAAGCCCACCGAGUGGUCCAACCUCUACCUCAAGUACCUCUUUGAGUUUGAGUGGGAGCACGACAAGUCGCCCGCCGGUGCCAAUCAGUUCGUCGCCAAGAACGCCGACGCCAUCAUUCCCGACCCCUUCGACCCCUCCAAGAAGCGUCGCCCCACCAUGCUCACCACCGAUCUUUCGCUCCGCUACGACCCAGCUUACGAGAAGAUCUCGCGUCGCUACCUUGAGAACCACGACGAGUUCGCCGAUGCCUUUGCUCGCGCCUGGUUCAAGCUGCUCCACCGUGACAUGGGUCCUCGUGCCCGCUGGCUCGGCCCCGAGGUGCCCAAGGAGACCCUCAUUUGGGAGGACCCCGUCCCCGCCGUCGACCACCCUCUGGUCGAUGACCGCGACCUUGCUGGCCUGAAGCAGGCCAUCCUUGCCACCGGUGUCGAGCCGACCAAGUUCCUCGCCACUGCCUGGGCUUCGGCUGCCAGCUACCGCGACUCGGACAAGCGUGGUGGUGCCAACGGUGCCCGCAUCCGCCUUGCGCCCAUGAAGGACUGGGAAGUCAACAACCCCACCCAGCUCGCCGAGGUACUCAAGGCGCUCGAGGGGGUUCAGCAGCAGUUCAACUCGUCCAACCAGGGCGGCAAGAAGAUCUCGAUCGCCGACUUGAUUGUUCUCGCUGGUAACGCCGCUCUCGAGAAGGCUUCUGGCCUGCCUGUACCCUUCACCCCCGGUCGCACCGACGCCAGUCAAGAGGAGACCGAGGUGGACACCUUCCAGUGGCUCGAGCCCAAGGUCGACGGCUUCCGCAACUACGGCAAGUCUACCGAGCGCGUCCGUGCCGAGCAGCUCCUCGUCGACAAGGCAAACUUGCUCACACUCACGCCUCCUGAGCUCACCGUGCUCAUCGGCGGUCUCCGUGCUCUUGGGCUCAACUACGACGGCUCGGAUCACGGUGUUUUGACCCACCGCCGCGGCCAGCUCACCAACGACUUCUUCGUCAACCUGCUCGACAUGAGCACCGAGUGGAAGGUUGCUGACGGCAGGGGCGACCUCUUUGACGGUGUUGACCGCAAGUCUGGCCAGAAGAAGUGGUCUGCCACCCGUGCCGACCUGAUCUUUGGUUCGCAGGCCGAGCUCCGCGCCCUCGCCGAGAUCUACGCCCAGUCUGACAACGGCGACAAGUUCUCCAAGGACUUUGUCGUUGCCUGGAACAAGGUCAUGAACCUCGACCGCUUCGAUGUCAAGAAGAGCAACAUCGCCCGCGCCAAGUUCUAG